AUGAAGAAUAAUCCUCUUCUUCUAAAGUCUAUGAAUCACAUUUCAAUAGUUUGCAAUUCAGUGGAGAAAUCUUUGGAAUUUUAUCAGAAAAUUCUUGGGUUUUAUCCUGUUAAGAGACCUGCCUCCUUUACCUUCCAUGGUGCAUGGUUGUACAACUAUGGGAUGGGAAUACAUCUUCUUCAAUCUGAUGAACCUGAUAACAUACCAAAGAAAAGAAUCAUCAACCCUAAAGACAAUCAUCUUUCAUUUCAGAGUGAAAACAUGGAAACAACAGAGAAGCAAUUAAAAGAGAUGAGAAUCGAGUACGUAAAGUGUGAGGUGGAAGAUGAGGGGAUCUUCGUUGACCAGCUCUUCUUCCACGACCCCGAUGGCCUGAUGAUCGAAAUUUGCAACUGUGAGAACCUCCCCGUCGUACCGGCGUCGGGAGGCGGUGACUCCCCUACCACGCCCACCAACACAGCUCGUUUCUGCAGUAUUCAACAAGCUGAGGAACAACAAAAGCUAAAACAAAUUCAAAACGCCACCGUUCAAAGGACGAUGCAACUCCAGCAACUUCUCAUCAACAUCCCAUGCAACGCCUACACAUGA